AUGAAUUGCUUUAUCGACAUUUCUCAACAACGGAAAAAAAACAACGUCACGAUUGCAGUUGAACCGUUUUAUUUCGAAAGAACCUUUACUCUUGAUUAUGUCAGAUAUUUCUUUGAAAAUUAUUGGCAUUAUUCCAUUUACAUGUCCAUCAUCUACUUGACGACCAUCGUGAUCCUUCAGCAUCAAAUGAAAGGUCGACCUCCUUAUAACUUGAAGGUGACCUUUACGAUUUGGAAUGGGCUUCUGGCAAUUUAUAGCAUCUGCAGCAUUUUAAGAGGAAUUCCAGUUUUGUACGAAGAAUUUAAGAGAUUAACAUUUUAUGAAACUGUAUGCGAUAAGAAAUUGAUAGAAUAUACACCAGUGAACUUAUUCUGGUUAACAAUAUUUGUAUUUUCUAGAGUUUGGGAAUUCGGAGACACAAUUUGA